GGGAGCCUCCCAGCGCCCUGCACCACAACAGCUCCACAAUCUCUGCACAGCAGCUGCCAUUUCCCAACAAAAUGCAAAGAGCAACGGACUGCCAAGCAGUGGAAGAAGCAGCCUGUGAAGAGCCCUCUGACUCUGAGAACUGCACAUCAACAGCGGAAUCCAACUCCGAUUCACCAGUAAUUCUUAAAAUAUUGCAGAACUGGACACCCACAGUUUCCCACUACUUUGACAAAGAGCAUUAUACUUAUGCGGGCCAGCACAUUGUCAUCCAGGAAUCCAUAGAACACUACGGAGCAGUGGUAUGGCCUGGGGCACUGGCUUUGUCUCAGUAUCUGGAAUCAAAUCAAGAACGAUUCAACCUCAAAGACAAGAAAGUUUUGGAAAUCGGUGCUGGAACAGGCUUGGUUUCCAUCGUGGCUUCCAUCUUAGGAGCUUAUGUUACAGCUACUGAUUUGCCUGAAGUUCUUGAAAAUCUCUCAUUUAAUAUUUCAAGAAAUACACACACGAAUACGCACAAACCUGAAGUGAGAAAACUAGUGUGGGGAGAAGGCCUCAAUGAAGACUUCCCUUUAUCAACUCACCAUUAUGAUUUUAUACUGGCAAGUGACGUUGUAUACCAUCAUACUGCUCUGGAUGCCCUGCUAGCAACAAUGGUGUACUUCUGCCAGCCAGGGACAGUUUUACUAUGGGCGAAUAAAUUCAGAUUCAGUACAGACUAUGAAUUUUUGGAACAACUUAGCAAUGUAUUUGAUACGUCCAUCCUAGCAGAAUUUCCAGAAUCAAAUGUCAAGUUGCUGAAAGCCACGGUAAGAGAGAACUGAAGAAAAAACAACUACUAAUUUUGAUUUAAUGCCUGCAUCUUGCAUUUUGGAAUGUGAUGUGGAAUUCCGGUACACCCUCUGUGCACUUACGUCUGUGAAGUUGUAGCUGUAUCUGAACUCUGCAUUCUGUGUUACAAGAAAUCUGACAAGACAGUAAUAUAGUUAUUUUGUCUUGGAUUCAUACUUAUAACCUAUUCAAACAGACCAAUUUCACUCCACUGGAGGAACACUGUCAGUAAGUAGUCAGAUAGCAGGGAGGCGUUAACAGAAAGCAUUGAUCUUCUAGGCUGCACUGAACUUCUGCUGUUUGGAAGGUGUUCUCUUUCAGCAAGCUUCAUUUACGUACUCCCAGAUAAACCAAUAUUUUUAGCUUUGUUAUUUGUUUUUAUUACUUAUAAAAUAAUCUCUUAAAGUA